AUGGAAGAGGAAGCGACGAGACAAACCCCAGUAAUGAAUACGAGGAAGCAACCUUCGACGGAACCGAAGAGGCGGUGGAGAGGAAGAAACAUAUGUCUAAUCAUUACAGCUGUCGUUAUUUUACUGGCCGUGAUCGCCGUCGUGGUGGGCGUCACCCUCUUCAAACCCAAGCACGCCGUCACGACCUUCGACUCCGUCACUCUCCGUGACUUCGAUCUCUCCAUCGACGCGCCCCGCCUGGCCGUCCACGUCAACCUCACCGUCGACGCGCGCGUCUCCGUCACCAAUCCCAACAGGCUCGGCUUCAAGUACGACAGCACCUCCGUCUUGCUCCGGUACCGGGGCCUGAACAUCGGCGACGCCCCCAUUUUCGCCGGAGAAAUUGGCGCUCGCGAAACCACUUCCAUGAACGUUAGUGUCACCAUCUUCGGCGAUCGACUCCUCACCAGUUCCCAGUUCUUCUCUGACGUCAUCUCCGGUGUGGUGCCGCUGUCCACUUACACGAGACUCACCGGAAAAGUUCACAUAUUGUUCAAAAUUCGCGUCAAAUCAGUCACCACUUGCGACUUGGUCAUCAAUAUCGCCAGCACAACCCUCUCUAAGCAAUCCUGCCACUUCCAUACCAAUAUAUAG